AUUCGAGGAAUAUUCUCCGCCAGGCAAAGCGCACAAAAAAUACCUCCUAGACAGUUUCGAAAAGUGGGGUCUCUUUGGGCCAAGAAAUGGUGGGAUUGUGUCAGUAUGGCCCAGGAUCAUCUGUGUAGAUUCAGGGGCACCCAUCCGGGGGCAAAGCAGACAAAAAUGGGAUUCAAAACUAGAAGAGCCGAGAAAGCCCAUUAGUGAGUGCACACCCAGCACAAGUUCAGAGGGCCAGGGAUCAGUCAAACUACACAGUGGUGCAGGAUUUCUGAUGAUGAGGUGGAGGAUUCAUCCUCUGAUUAUGGAUCACCAGUGAUAGCAUCAAAGAACCUCCAGGUCCUUAUGCAGGAGCCUAGCAUUGGUGAAAGUUCUUCAUCUUCCAAUGAAGGCUCCAGUUGGCCAGCUGACAGAUCUUGGGCCCCGACCCCUGGCCUAGUGAGCAAAGUUGAUAUCUUAAACACGUUCUUAUCUCAUGGUGGUUAUGAGCCAAUAAAAAGACUGAAGCCUCUGGAUAAAUGUAGUUCAAGCACGAAACGGCUGUACAAACGGAAAGCCCGGGGGGGGGGAAGCAAUCAACUUGUCAUUAUCUUGCCUUGCACCAGGACAAGAGGAGGAGAUGCUCGAGGAGGUCAUGAAGGCAGAUAAACAUGAUGACACCAAGUCCAGGUUCACACGGAGGCAGCUACUCUCACUAAUAGCCGAUGGCAGGACCAAAGAACAACUCCUGGCCUUGAUACCCAAUUUGACUGUUUACCGGAUUGACCAGGCCAGGAAACAUGCAAAAGAGGUUGGAACUGGUCAGCCUGUUAUCAUUGGACCAACCGGAUUGACCAGGCCAGGAAACAUGCAAAAGAGGUUGGAACUGGUCAGCCUGUUAUCAUUGGACCAAUUCAAACAUCCAGACUAGAUGAUGUAAAAGUUGAUCACUUUUUGGAUUUCAUCAGCCGACCUAAAUUCAUCUGGGAUGAAUUGUUUGGCACAAAGGUCAUCAACUGAUGAGUCAUGGAGAGAAAUUUGAGAUCCCAAAUGUGGUCCGUUCCGUCAUUGCCUCAAGAAUCAUUGACAUCUACCAAAGCUAUUGUGAAGAGACUGGGUUCUCACCACUGAAAACACGUUCAUUGUGCAGCAUUAUACAGGUUUGUGCAGCCUCAAAGAAGGUACAUGUAUCUCUUGCCGGUCUUGAUCACGUGGUUGCUGAGGGAACUGAAGCUUUUAAGUCCUUGCAUGAGGCAGUGGAGACACUUUGA